AGAUUGAAUUAUAACGUGACAAAGUAGGAAUUGUUUGAAGAAAUGGGAGGUUGAAGGUGUCACAACUUUAGGGCAAUAAGAUCAUUGUUGAAAAGGACCUUAAGAGGGGUAGCAGGGUACCUUCUGUAGGGUUUCAAAGAAAGGAUUGAAAACUUGAGGGGAAAAUAAGGAAGCAUGUCCUCAAUUUGGCAUCAUGCUGUUGGCCAUCAAUUGACACCACCAUAAAGUGUACUCAUACCCCAAUUGGAUUGUUCCCCAUCAUUCUUUUUCCUCCUUUUCCUUUGCCCUUUCGUGCUUCUUAUCGUUAAAUAUAAACCUCUAAUUAGCCCCUAACCCCUUCAUAGAGUUACUUCCCUUGGGGCCUUUGCCCUCUGUCAACACACGCCAUUUUUUUUCAUUUUAUCUUCACAACAAUGAUAUCAUAAUACUCAUUUUUACUACUUUCUUAAGUAUAUAUAUGCAUAAUUAUGUUCAAAAUACUAUCAAAGACUAAUUCUGUCAUGUUCUGUCAUAUUCUUAAACGUUGUAGUGUGUUUGCAUUGCAGUUUGUUUGUUCAAGUUAGCUCAAGUUUUUAUCUUCACUGUUUUUAUAACUUUUCCAUUUUGCACAUUAGCAUGCACAAAUAAACAACCUUUUUCUUUACAAAAAUGCAUGGUGUGGUUAGUGAUAUGAUAGGAGGGGAUGGUGGAUUGGAUUACGCAAUGGUUACCAUGAUUGCUUGAAUCAACGGUGGAGAUUCCCCGAGUGAAAAAGCUAGAAGGAACAGCGUGCCAACGUGACCCCAAUAUAGAACAAGAGCCUGACUUCUUUUCCACCAUUGACAUUCUUUCACUCUACCUUCUCCACUCUUUACUCAGCAAUUUGAAACUUCUCCAAAACCUCUCUCGCUCACUCUGCAAAGGGUAAAGACUCUGUUCACAAUUGCAUUCCCAGAGAAACUGAACCUUCUUCCUCCACAAGCAAAAGCCUCACAUGUCGUCGGAUAUAAGCUAGAUUAUUAGCCACCCUUUUUCUUUCUUUCUUUUAACUCAAUCUUCUUCACACCCCUUUUGGACUCUAACAAGGUUGUUUGUUAUUCAAUGGCUAGUUGCGAGAUUUUCUGCGUUGAGUCUGGUGUUUCAGUUUUAGCGUUAAGUGUGUUGGUGGGUUUGGUUGUGUUUUGACUGUAGUGAGGGACGGUUGGAAGCUUUGGUUGGUGGGGUGGUGGGAAUUGGCGGGGUGAGUGAUGGGUGCGGAUCGUCUGAUACUGCCAACAGUUGGACCGCCAUUAAAACGGCGAGCGGGGUUGCGGAGGAAGCAGGCUGGAAGAGGUUCCUACAGGGGGAGCUAGGGGAAGGAGGGUGAGUGUGUGGUGUUGGAGGGGUUUUAUUCUUUUUUGGAGGAUUGGAAUUCACGACCCUUUUUCUCGGGGGAGCCUUCGGGGAGUUAAAGUUUCUGACUUGUUAAAGGAGGGGACAACAUGGGUAACAACUUGCACCAAGUACUCAGAAGCCUCUGUUUUAAUACUCACUGGAACUACGCUAUCUUUUGGAAGCUCAAACAUCGUGCUCGAAUUGCGAUGGAAGUGGGAUAAGUGUGGCCUUUGUUGUUGUUUUAUAUAAAGUGUACUGGUAGAUCUUGACAUGGGAGGACGCAUACUAUAACAAUCCUGAUGAUUAUGACUCUUCAGAAAAUAAGCACUGCCAGAAUAUCUUGGAACAGAUUAGUUAUGGGAAAUUUUCGCACAACGCAUUAGGGUUAGCAGUGGCUAAGAUGUCAUAUCAUGCAUAUUCAUUAGGAGAAGGUAUUGUUGGACAGGUUGCUGUUACAGGAAAGCAUAGGUGGAUCUGUGCAGAUAAUCAGGUUGCAGGUUCUGGCUUGUCUUUUGAGUUUGCUGAUGGGUGGCAGUCUCAGUUUUCUGCUGGAAUCAGGACUAUUGCUGUUGUUGCUGUAGCCCCACUUGGUGUUGUUCAGCUAGGUUCUCUCAAUAAAGUGAUUGAAGAUACGGGGUUUGUAGCUCAUAUCAGAAAUCUCUUUCAAAAUUGCUCAAUGGCCCAAUGUCCUAGUCAAAUACAGGGCAGUUUGAAGAGUUCUUUAUCUCAGUUGGAUAUAUCGAAGGAAAAUUUGUCUUCAGAUGUAAUGCCGACUGGCUUUUACAAUCCACAGAAAUCUAUGAAGAGUGAAACAGCAGAUGUUUUAAUGUCCCUUCAAUGUUCUGGGAGGAACUAUGCACUUCAUUCUGCUUGUCAGAAAAUGACUGAUAACGUGGCCAAGCAGGAGGGGCCUGAAUUGUACAGUGAUGAAAGUUCCAUUUUGCUUCAGUCAAUAUCCAAUAUGAUGAAUGUGGAGCAUCAUGAUUUUGAAGAGAUGAAAGCUCUGUAUGGGAGGAAGUGUGAAGAAGGAAGUAGUGGUUGCAAAGAUUUGAGGUUGGAAUCAGAAAACAAUGUCUCGUCAUUUUUAAGUGACUUUAUUACAGAUAAUGAUUUAAUAUGUCCAUCAGAAAAAUUCAGAGUUGAUUCUGCAUGUUUUCCCUCAGCUUUUCUUGAUACAGUUGUUUGUGAAACUGAUAAGUUGCAUUGUGUGGAUAAUAACCAAAAGGGGGUGUUGAAUUUCACCCAACCUUCAGAUGCAAACUCCCAAUAUGUUGAAAAGUCGAAGUUUCAUACUGAGCCUUCUUACAAUGAUAUGUCAAAUGUGUUGAAUUUCCCUGCUGGCUGUGAGCUACAUGAAGCACUUGGACCAUCUUUUCUGAAAGGGAGUAAAAGUUUUGAUUGGGCAGCACAGUUUAAUCAAGAUAUGAAAACUGUUGAAAUGUCAGAUGAGAUUAGCACUAGCCAAUUGACUUCUGAAUCUCGUCCAGAGCAUCUUUUGGAAGCACUGGUGGCCAACAUUUGCCAUAGUAAUAAUGAUGUUAAUAGUGAAUUAUCGUUUUGUACAUCAAUGCAAUCUGCAAUGGCCUCGGGAAAAAAUCAUGAAGCUUCCACUCACAAUGUGUAUGCUAUUAAUUCAGAAGGUUAUUCAAUAGAUCAGUUCUCUCUUGUCAAAGAGGACAAACACCAUUCUUUGAGUUCAUCAUCAGGGAUAUGUGGUGUGAUGUCCUCCAAAGGUGUUUCAUCUACAUUCCCUAGUUCAAGUAGUGGACAACUUGAAAGGUCGUCUGAACCAUCUAAGAAUAGCAAAAAGAGGGCCAGGCCUGGGGAAAGUUGUAGGCCUCGGCCAAGGGACAGGCAAUUAAUCCAAGAUCGUAUUAAGGAGUUGAGAGAGUUGGUGCCAAAUGGAGCAAAGUGCAGUAUUGAUUCCCUGCUGGAGCGAGCCAUAAAGCACAUGCUCUUUCUCCAAAGCAUAACUAAACAUGCUGACAAGCUAACUGACUUUGGUGAUACAAAGUCAAAGCUGCAUCACAUGGAAGCAGACAUUAUUGGAUCCUCUAGUUAUGAGCAGGGCUCAAGCUGGGCAAUGGAGGUAGGGGGUCAUCUGAAAGUUCAUUCAAUAUUAGUGGAGAAUCUUAGCAAGAAUGGACAGAUGCUUGUUGAGAUGCUCUGCGAGGAGUGCAGCCAUUUUCUUGAAAUAGCAGAAGCCAUAAGAAGUUUGGGUCUUACCAUUUUGAAAGGUGGAACUAAAGUUCAUGGUGAAAAGAUAUGGAUAUGCUUUGUUGUCGAGGGUCAAAACAACAGAAAUGUACACAGAUUGGAUAUCUUGUGGCCGCUUGUUCAAAUACUGCAAUCGAAGAGCACGGUGUAUUCACAAUAACUGAUCGGUUCUUGGAAACUUUGUUACCCCUCACUGUGUAACACAUUCUUAAUCUCUGAAUCAAAUGAUUCUCACCUAGUGUGUUAUAAGACAUAGCUUGUGGUGGUGUGGUCUUUUUUCAUGAUUGAAAUGCGUGAUUGUCUUUCUUUAUGUUUCA